AUGUUUGAUUCACUCUUUCACAUUUUAAACACCUGGAAAGCGAGGGCCUGGGAUAAGAAACCAUCGGCCUCCCCCGCUGCAUCACAAGAGUACGAACCUAUUCCUGAGGACUAUCCCAUAUUUCCUCCCCCACCUCCAGAAGAGAUUAUCAAAGACCUCCAGAGAUAUUCUUCUAUUGUGGCCUUGCGUAAAUAUGCGGCACCUAGAGGCAUUUUCCAGGACAGCUCACUCUAUACCUUGUACCGCCUGUAUGAGUACUUUGUGCUUGACGAACGAUAUAUCCCAGACCCCAAGGAUGAUGAUCCGUCCCGAUACGAAUUCCUAGCAGCCACAACCUAUCUCAUUGUGAGAGCUUUCAAUGCGAGAGUGAAACUUGGGCUCUCAAGAAGUGGCCGUGCACUCAUGUCGGUUGAGGAGGCUGAGGAAGCUAGAAACAAGCCAGAGAGUGAGCGGCAAUAUGAAAAGGCACCUCUGUGGGCCGAGAAUGUGCCUGCGCUUAAGGAGAUACUAGUCAUCCCUCCUCUUGAUGGUACUUGUUUUAUCCGGCGCAACCGAUGA